CGAAAGGAGUCCUUCUGGAGGGUCACGGCGCGGCACAAUGUGAUUCAGCACAGACUUUUUGGGUUGCGAUGGCACCUCGUGUCGAUCCACUCCUGCUAUGGCCUAUGCCACCUUAGCCGACCAGGCUGAUGAUGCUCCUUUGGCUGCAACAACUGCAUGAUUCUCCUACCGCAAUUCAGCCGGAAGCCUGGCCAAGUCGGCAGAUGGCUCAAUGGGCUCUUUUGGGGAGGUUCUUGCUCCAAAGGACAAAAAGAGUGCAACUUCCGGUGAUCGACUGCAGUACAUAUAUAUAUAUGGCCAUGCACCCGCUGGAAUGAUAGACUGACUUUGCCACUCCUUCAAGCCCGAGUGCAACACCCUUGACUACCUCCAUCACUCAUCCACGGCUUGACCUUACCGCCAUCAUGGUACCUAAGAUCAAGAAGAGCGUCUCGCACGCCGACGAGGUCCAGAUUGCCCAGGCUGAAGCACCGGAGCUCGAAAGAGUCAACUGGCUACAAGAUCCCGGCUUGAGGAAGCUUUAUUUCUAUGCGGCUAUCAUCUGUGUUGCUUCUGCGACCACCGGCUACGAUGGCUCCAUGUUGAACAACAUCCGUAUUCUGGAUCAAUGGAAGGAUUACUUCGACAACCCCCAAGGGUCGAACCUGGGUCUCUUGACCGCGCUGUACAGCAUUGGUUCUAUUGCGAGUUUGCCAGUUGUACCCUUCGUUGCUGACCACUAUGGUCGCAAGGCGGCCAUCGUCAUCGGUUGCGUUCUCAUGAUCAUUGCCGCAGCAGUCCAAGGCGCCUCUCAGAAUCUCGCCAUGUUCAAGGGUGGCCGGUUCCUGAUGGGUUUCGGAAACAGCAUGGCCCAGCUCUCUUCGCCUUUGCUCCUGACCGAACUGUGCCAUCCGCAGCACCGGGGUCGCAUCACAGCCAUCUAUAACUGCCUGUGGAAUCUGGGGUCCAUCGUCAACACCUGGCUGUCCUUCGGCACCAAGCACAUCCCGAGCGAAUGGUCCUGGAGAAUCCCGACCAUCGUCCAGGGCGCGCCGUCCAUCAUCCAGAUCAUUUUCAUCUGGUGGAUCCCCGAGUCGCCGCGGUGGCUGAUCUCCAAAGACCGGGCGGACGAGGCGCUCUCGAUCCUGUCGCGGUACCACGCCAACGGCAACGACCUCCACCCGACGGUGCAGUUCGAGUACGCCGAGAUCAAGGAGACGCUGCGGCUCGAGUUCAUCGCCAAGAAGUCGUCCAGCUACCUCGACUUCCUCAAGUCGCGCGGCAACCGGUACCGCCUGCUCCUCAUCGCCUCGCUGGGCCUCUUCUCGCAGUGGUCCGGCAACGGGCUGGUGUCGUACUACGCGACCGACAUCUACAACUCGAUCGGCAUCACCAACUCGGACACCCAGCUGGGGCUCAACGGCGGCCUGGCCAUCAUGUCGCUGAUCGUCUCGUGCACCUGCGCCCUGCUGUGCGACCGGGUCGGCCGCCGCCCGCUCUUCCUGGCCGCCACCGCGGGCAUGCUGGUGUGCUUCACCAUCUGGACCAUCUGCUCGGCCAUCUACCAGGACAACCACAACAAGGGCGCCGGCCAGGCCGUGGUGGCCUUCAUCUGGAUCUUCAACUUCUCCUACGCCCUCGCCUGGUCGGGCUUGCUGGUCGCGUACACGGUGGAGAUCCUGCCGUUCAAGAUCCGCGCAAAGGGCCUGAUGGUCAUGAACUUCUGGGUCCAGGUCGCGCUGGUCAUCAACCAGUACGUCAACCCCCUGGGGUUCGACCACCUGAAGCCGAACUGGAAGCUGUAUACCAUCUACACUUGCUGGAUCGCUCUGGAACUCGUCUUCGUGUACUUCUUGUACGUCGAGACAAAGGGCCCCACGCUCGAGGAGAUCGCCAAGAUCUUCGACGGCGAGGACGCCGAGGUCGGCUUCGUCGACAUCGAGCCCAAGGCCGUCCUGGCCUCGGGCACCGAGAAGAUCGACGCCGCCGUCGUCGAGCACCGCAGUGUCGUCUGAUCUCGCCAUUCGCACAUUGACAUCAUCCUCACCUCCGCUUCACGUCAAGCCAAGUCAAGUAAAGUCGCGUGUCAGGUCAUCUCACAAUUCAAUCCAUCUCUUGCGCGCGCGAAAAUGUCGAUACGUGCGUGGUCAUGGUCGUUGUGUGGUUAGGAGAGUGCGCAAAUGCAGGGGCGAAGCUGUAACACCAUACUCGGUCCACGGUGUGGGAUGUUCUAUGCGAUGAUGGAAAGGCUUGUGUGAUAUGAUCCAUCGCCGUGACUCGGUCGUCUGGCGUCCCGGUGCUACGGAGAUGUAUACACCCUGCGCGUCAAGACGAGAAUAUCCAGACGCCCCCAGGCAAGACAAGACAGGUCCUGUACAAGCCAGACCGACGGCAUCAGACGAAGAGCGAAGUCGGGUCGAGCGAGCCGAAGCGUAAUGAAUAGACUGAAGACUUUAACAUCUUCAUGAGUUUCUACAGUACCUCUCAACUACCCUAAUCAUGCGAUUCUAUCUCGG